AUGACUAAAUACGGAAAUGGUGAUUUGAGUGGAGGCCAAUGUUGUGUAUAAGGCGGAGGCUUUAUUUAUGCACACAUUGAGAAUUUCCUGCUCAAACUGUAAUUUAUUAUAAAACAAAUAUAUGGUAACCGAGGCGCAAACAUGGUGGUGUGCUUUCUAAUCCACACCGUGUGCCCUGUGAGCGCCCUCUCUCCCGCCGAGAGCCGGAUCCUGUACUCUCGUGAUUUUGGACUGGAGGAUGUGGAGCUGAGCGGAGAGAGCCGUGAGGACAACCCGGAGAAGAGAAGACUGGCCCGAAAAGAGAAACUUGGGGUUGUGGCGAGGCAAGUGAGAAGUGCGGUUUGCCUGAGCCGGGAAAUGGCAGGCAGUGUUUAUGUGGAGGCUGUGCUGGGUGAGGAGGCCGUGGCUCUUGGUGAGGCUGAGCGUGGCGUGCUGUCUUUGGGCCAUGGAGAGCCGUUUGCAGGGCAGAGCGUUGCUCUGUGGCUCGGGGUCCAGGCCCUAGCUUUUACUCUGGUGUGCCAGCCACAAGAGAACCUGCUGUUGGCAGAGGGAACCCUGCGUAACCUCGCCCGCCACUGCCUGGAGGAGCUACGCCUGCUGGGAACGGGCAGUGAGGUGCUACUAAAAAGUGACCGGGUGGAUGCAAUGCUUCAGAGGCUCCUUCCUCAUGGUCAACUCCUCUUCCUCAACCACCGCUUUGCCCAAAACAUGGAUAAAGAGCUGUCCAGCUACAUGAGUAAAUGAAACGGCAAAAUCUGAGCACUGUCUAUGGUCCAGUGGUCAGUACUCAUCAGGUGUUUAAAGAGGAGCUUCAAGACCGGCAUGUGAUGUUUUGCAAGAUAAGGAAGAAGAGAGACAGUUCUGUCCCGAAUAUCUGACCAGAAUCUGUAAAAUUCCUUUUGAAGGCUGAGAGAAAGUGCUUGAAAGAUUACACCUCAAAGAACUACCUAUCCCCAAUUGGUUGCCAAAAGAUUUUGAGUCUGGGGAACUGUAUCAAGAGCUCUGGUUUAGGUAUUUUGAAGAAAGUUCUAAAACAUGUUUGAUGCUGAGUCAGAUAAUAGCAGAAGCCUUAAAUAAGAAUAUAGAACUGAAAUAUUUAAAGUGUGAAGAUAAUUUAAAAUAUUCAAGAGAUCAUGUUUGUGGCAUAUUCUACUGUGAAGCACUCCUUCAUUAAAAAUGUGUGUCUGAAAGUGCUAUAAGAAACCACCUUCAUGUGUCUAAUCUUACAGUUAUGUGCUGCAAUAAGCCAGUGGGUGGCAGUGUGUGGUGGUGUUCUGUGUUCUUGGGAAUAUCCCCUUGAAGCACAGUUACCAGGGUAACAUUUUGUAUCAAAUGUGUUAGUUCAGAAUCUAAUAAAUGGGGUGAUCAACAUUUAGUUUCUGUCUGUGUGCAUCAAGCUGAACACCCCACCUCUGUGCCUCACUGUCCAUUAGGGGGCAGUGUUGGACCUUCCAGAUUACUUAGCAGUUUCAAUGUAAAACCUAGCAGUGACUGACAGCCUGCCAUCCUCUUCUGUCACUCGCUCAUUUAAAACGUUAUAACAGAUAGCCGCAAUGUGACUGCCAACAGAACACUGAUUGGCAGAACAGGUUGUUGACAUGGGUAAGUUGUAUUUGUUUCUGUGAAGGCCUCAUUUUGGGCUCUGUAGCGUUUAAGGCAAAUAUUCAAAUAUGUUGCUGCCAGUGCUCAUAUGUAUGAUCAAAUAUGCAUGACAUGGAGAAUAAGGGAUUUUCACAAGUGUGCAUAUGCAUUUAUGCCAUAGAUGCCUGAAAGUUAGCAGAACUUCUUAGUAAUGUACUUUCACUGAGCUAAGCUUCGCUUGCACCUUGGGCAUUCCCUUUGCAAUUUAGAAAGAAGAACCCUGCUGACUGUCAGAGCCUGAAGGAACAUGCCCAUUUCUGUGUCUGAUAGCAGCACUAAUACUGUACUGUAGAUAACUUUGGGUCUCUGCAGAUUUUCAUACUUGUACGCUAUAUGAUUAAGAGCUGUAAGAUUAACUCAAUACUUGUCCCAUUCUGUCAGUGUAAAGAGUAUGAAUGUGAGUUGGAGAGUUAGUCACCACCAUGUUUUUGUAGAUGUAGUAGAUGCCCUUUGUUCCAUAAUCUCACACACAAACAUUUGCAUAAAUAAGAUCAAAGCAUUAGUGUAGUAUAAAAGGCAUAUUAAAAAGUCGUAUUUUGAUUCUUUACUGUUACAGGUGAAAGAUUCUGGUUCUCAUAGUUCUUCUAGCAAAAUAUGACAAAGCACUAGACUGAGGACAGUAUUAAUACUUAAAACAUAGCUGAUUACUUCAGAGGAAGUCAUUUUAAAAUGCCCCUGGUAGCAAUCAUAAUGUAGCAAAGCACAAAUACAAUUAUUGCAUUGAAUAUUGAAUCGUAGGAACAUUUCUUUGCAUAUUUGGAUCUGCUUCAACUGUGAAAUCUGUUAUUCAGCCGACUGAUGAUCUUGUACUAAAUUGGGCAAUGUUUUUUUCCCCCCUUUUUCCCAGGCUCUAAUAAAUGCCCACAGUAAUCACAUUUAAA